GUAAAUAGAAUGAUCUUGCUCUUUAUUUCCUUUCAGCGGUAGUAGAAGCAAAUUUUCACUCAAGCACAUCAUGAAGUGGGCGAAAGCUGUACAGUUUCAGGUUUCUUGACGAUGAAAUAUGUCAAUACGACUCACUCCAUGAUAUACAUGUGAUACCGAAAUUCGACGAAGGUUACAGAGACUGUCAAAUAGACAUCGAAUUUUGUAAACAUCGCUUACUCUUGUGUAUUAAUCUUAAAGAUAUAACGAUUUCUUCCGUCCACGAGCCAAGGAGUUCUACCGUCGUGGAAUAUAUAACCUGAAAACGAUAUUAUAGUUCAAAGUUAAUUCGUCCUCGAUGGCUGUUUAGUCCUAAAAGGAACUGAACUGAAUUUAGUACUCUCAGAAUCCUAGCAUGGCCGAUGAAAACAACGUGGUGUUUCGCCAUAUAGACCGUAAUGAAAUCGACCGUAAUAGUCGACCAGAAUCGGCACAUAAAGGGAACCUAAAACGCCUUAAAACAAGCAGUGUUAGCGGCUUUCAAAGAUGGGAAAAAGAGAAUGAGCUACUCUGGGCCAUGCUCGAAGAUGAAACAGAAUGGCUUGCAAAACUAUUUCCAGAUAUUGUCAUUACACCUGAGUUAUUUUUCUACACACUUGAAGAUGGCGUUGUCCUUUGUCGCUUGGCAAACUUGGUUCAGCAAUCCGCCGAGCAGUAUGGCAAGAAAAAUAAAGUGAAGGUGCCGUCAAAACGAUUCAAGUUCCACACAAGCAUACCGAAAAAGAACAAGCAACUCGCCUUGUUCAAGUCCCGUGAGAACGUACAAGGAUUUCUCACGUGGUGCAGGCAAAUCGGAAUUUCCGAUUCCAUUUUAUUCGAGUCAAACGAUGUUGUGGAAGCGGAUGAAUGUCGCGAGGGAUGUCGGGAAGUUGUGAUAUGUCUCAUGGAAAUCGCACGCAGAGCAUCAGGUAUGUUCAAGUUUACUCCAAUUCCUAAACUUAUUCAACUGGAAAAAGAAAUAGAAAUCGAGGAACAAGAAGAUGCAGAAAAAGAGGAAAUUGAUCAGGUCGAUUACGCAAGUUCUGAGGAGGAGCCACAUUUUGGUGGUCCCAAUGCCGACACGGGCUCUUCGCACGGAGAGAACCAUCGUUCUUCACCAGUCGAUGAUGAUGUUGGGGGAAAGAAAAGAAUCGAGGACAUACCGAAGAGUGAACUUGACAAAGAGGUGUUGAAGAUUAUCGACAAUUUCAACUUUUACAACAUUCGUAAAAUCAAAGAAGGAAAAUACAUGAUACUGGGGAAAAUUAUCUUCGUUCGAAUGUUAAACGGGCAUGUUCUCCUUCGUAUCGGUGGAGGAUGGGAUACGCUGGAGCAUUAUCUCUUGACACAUUUACCUAAAUUUGCUGCAUCUGAAAACGGUCAUUCUGCUACGGAAACGGUGGAACCUUCUGUGUCAAAAACUCCGCAGAAAUCUCAACUCACAAAGAUUUUAGACAAAGCCAAAAAGGAGCAGCAAUUAAGAGCCACGCCAUCACCUUAUCGUCCAGCUGGUGUGAACGGAAGCGAAUCAGACGAAGAGGACGACGAGAAAGACAUUACAAACGCUAUUAGAAAGAUUGAAUUAUCUGUUAAUCAAAACAUAGCCACAAGAAGGAAGAAUUCAAGACAUUUGCUCGAAGAAACUCCGCAAAAAUCUCCAACAAAACAAGCCAUUAUUACUUUAUCUCCGGAUAACACUUGUAUCUCAGAAAAAAACUCAAAGUCUAAAUCACUGAGUAGCAAAGAUAUGGAUGGUGUAGAGCAACAAAACGAAAUUACUGGCGAGAUGUUCACUGCAGAAAAUGAUAGCAGGAACAACGUUGAUGUAUUUCAUGUCACUCCUGAUGAGAAUAACGAGGAAAAUAUGAUUAACAUUGAAAAUAAAGAAGAACUUCACAUGGACGAUAAUACUGAGGGUUCUGCGUUUGCUAAAGCUACGGAUAAUUCAAAGGAUGUCGUCAACAUUGGUGGCGAUAUGAAAUCAAAAGGUUGUGAGCAAUUUAUAACGAGCGAAAACGAGCAACGUAGCCAAGAGAUCGACAGUCAUAUUCAAAAUCCAACCGAUGCACCUGCCGUUUUGUCCGUUGAUCACAAAAUUGAAAGCAAUUUCCCAACCAAAGAUGGUGACUUAGUUUCAAGAGACUUACAAAAUGAAUUCGUUGAUCCUAAAAUGGAUUCUCAGAUAUCCGAAAGUAAUCCUGAUGUUACUGAAGUAAACAAAAAUGCAAAUGAAAUUGUUGGUGAAGACAUUUCAGAGGAUACUGCACAAGAGUUCGUCAGCUCAUCCACAACUCCAGAAAUUCCUCAAACUCCCGCGAAAUCUCCCAGUCCUACUAGAGAAGCUGACUUAGAAAAGCCAGAUAAAACAAAAACAAGAAAGCCCGGCAGCACUAAGUCCGAAACGAAAAAAGAACCUGUCAGCUCAACAACCUUGCGUCCAAAGAGUGCGAAAGCAUCGACAAGGCCAGAUAAUACUAUGGCUCGGAGCAACAAGAAACCCACUGUAAAAUCAAGUACAAGCAACGCUUCAAAAACUAAACUUGGCAGCAAAGCAUCCAGUGUUGCAGCUACUGUAUCGGGUAAACCCACAACAGGCGGUCGGCUGAGUGGUAAAAGUUCAUCCACACACAGUACUACAACAGUUACUUCUAAACCAGAGUCAAAGGCAUCUACUAAAGUAACUUCAUCUGCUCGACCUGUCGCUUUCGGUUCAACAGCGUCUUCCGUCUCUUCCAAGAAACCCACAUCUAAAUCCCGACCUGCCCCUGUGACGUCUGAAAGAAAGACCACAGCCAAUGGAAAAGUAAAGACGACAGUUCCGAAGGUACAGUCUUGGUCGAGCACAACAAGCAGACCACAAAGUGGCAGACCGACUAGUAAACCGACAGAUUCUGCGAAAGAUGUGAGUAAAGAAAGACCGACAUCUCCUGCAAAAUCGCUUGUUCGUAAAACGCAGACACGCACGGUAACUACAACAAAGACGACGCGCGUUGGGGAUGGUAAACCAGAGAUCAAAUCUCAGACGAUGAAGACUACACGCACAACAACUGAGGCAAAUGGGGAAAAAACAACGAAAACCACUGUAAAGGAGUUGACCCCAACCGGUCGAAAACCACUUCGUAUGACCACUGAGAAAACAGAGCCAGUUACUGGUUCUAAAAAAUCAGCAAAGUUGUCCACGCUCUCCAAGACCGGUGCGGGAAAUGUCAAAACAGGAACUUCGAAGACUGCGGCAAAACUGAAUGAAAAAACUGACAGCGAAAAACCAAGCAGAAAGAAAACUACAUCGAGUGCAACAGCCAGCAACAAACAUGUAAAGACUAAGAUUAAAGAAAUUCCUAAGGGAAAAACUGUAAAAGAGUUGUCAAAUGCAUUGGGUAUUACUAAACCUUUAAAGAAAGUAGAGUUUAAUGAACAAAAGAAAGCAUCUGCAGAGGAAAAACUGCCGGUUUUGAAAUCUGUUGAACCUCCAGAAAGCUUGCAGGCUCAAAUAUCAUUGGAAGGAAAAGACAGCGUAAUACCCGAGACUUCUCUGCCGAAGCCAGUUGGUUACUUACAGGAACCUGAAGAUAUUUCACUUGGACUAAGUGGUAUCUCACAUCAAUCGAAAGAUGUUCCAGAAGAACCACAAGAUACCUCUCAGAAUCCUGAAUGUAACACACAGAAACCUGUAGAUCACGCUCAGGAGCCUGAAAAUAUCACACAAGAAGCUAAAGAUAACUCACAACAACCUGAAGAUUACGCACAAGAACCAGAUGUUACGGCACUAAACACUAAAGAUGCCUCACAGGUAACUGAGGAUGAUGCACAGGAAUCAAAGGUUACCACACAAGAAGCUGAAGAUACCUCACAGGUACCUGAGGAUGAUGCAAAAGAACCUGAUGUUAUCACACAAGAAACUAAAGAUACUUCACAGAUACCUGAGGAUGAUGCACAGGAACCAGUUAUUACCAGACAAGAAACUAAAGAUACCUCACAGGUACCUGAGGAUGAUGCACAGGAACCAGUUAUUACCAGACAAGAAACUAAAGAUACCUCACAGGUACCUGAGGAUGUUGCACAGGAACCAGUUAUUACCACACAAGAAACUAAAAAUACCUCACAGGUACCUGAGGAUGAUGCACAAGAACCAGAUGUUACUAAACAAGAAACUAAAGGUACCUCACAGGUACCUGGAGAUGAUUCACAAGAACUAGAUGUUACUAAACAAGAAACUAAAGAUACCUCACAGGUACCUGAGAAUGAUGCACAGGAACCAGUUAUUACCACACAAGAAGCUAAAGAUACCUCACAGGUACCUGGAGAUGAUGCGCAAGAACUAGAUGUUACUAAACAAGAAACUAAAGAUACCUCACAGGUACCUGAGGAUGAUGCACAGGAACCAGUUAUUACCACACAAGAAACUAAAGAUACCUCACAGGUACCUGGAGAUGAUGCACAAGAACUAGAUGUUACUAAACAAGAAACUAAAGAUACCUCACAGGUACCUGAGAAUGAUGCACAGGAACCAGUUAUUACCACACAAGAAGCUAAAGAUACCUCACAGGUACCUGGAGAUGAUGCGCAAGAACUAGAUGUUACUAAACAAGAAACUAAAGAUACCUCACAGGUACCUGAGGAUGAUGCACAGGAACCAGUUAUUACCACACAAGAAGCUAAAGAUACCUCACAGGUACCUGAGGAUGAUGCACAGGAACCAGUUAUUACCACACAAGAAGCUAAAGAUACCUCACAGGUACCUGGAGAUGAUGUGCAAGAACUAGAUGUUACUAAACAAGAAACUAAAGAUACUUCACAGGUACCUGAGGAUGAUGAAAAGGAACCAGAUUUUACAACACAAGAAACUAAAAAUACCUCACAGAUACCUGAGGAUGAUGCAAAAGAACCAGAUUUUACAACACAAGAAACUAAAGAUACCUCAGAGAUACUUGAGGAUGUUGCAAAAGAACAUGAUGUUGUCACACAGGAAGCUAAAGAUUCUUCACAUGUACCUGAAUAUAUCACACGUGAAGCUGAAGAUGUUGUACAGAAAGCAGAUAAUCUUUCACAGAAAACUAAUAAUACAACGCAAGAACCUAAAGAGAUCUCUCAGGAACCUAAAAACAUAAUAUAUGAACUUAAAGAUAUUUCACAGGAACCUAACGAUAUCUCAAAGGAGACAGGAGAUAUUGGGCAGGAAUCUGAUGAGACUGUAGCGAUAAAGCAUACUGACUUAGUUUUGAAAAAGGAUGCUAGUUUGGAAGCUUCAUCAGUGGCAGAUUCAGCUGGUGAAAUGCUUGGGAAUGUUGAUGAAACAAUAGCGUCAACCAAGGAUGAUAUAAACACGAUUAAUGAAUACAGAAAUGUUAGCCAGAGCAGCUUAGAUACUCACGAAACUGACCAUCUUGCACACGUGGAAAUUAAAGAGGAUUUUACUGAUCAAUUAAAAGAUGAAUGUGAUGGUGUAGUUUCCCCAAAUGUAGAGGAACGCUUCGAAGGUUCAAUUCCCGUUUCUGCUGGAUCGUCAAACGUCAAAUCUUCGUCUGAAAUUCAUGAACAUGCUAAUAGUUUAUCUGAAACGAUGGACGAACCAAAAUAUGAGAGCCCGGCUCACACUGGGAAUGUUGACGAGAGUGUCGAUGUAAUUAUAGUUCCAGAAGGUGAAACUUCUCGCGAAAUUGACUCAUUUCCAUCUACUGAAGCUUGGGGGGCUGUUGAGCAUAAGUCAGAAAAGAGUACUGAUGCUAAAAUUACUGAGAAUAACAACGUGGAGAUCGAGGAAAAGUUGGAUUCGCAUCUUAUUCUGUCCAUGAAUGGUUCGGAAGAUGAUUGCGGUGACCAGAAUGUACAUGAUUUUAAUUCGUUUGCAAAGUCUAAUGGCUGUCCGAGUGUGGGCCUGGGAAUUGUUGAUGAUUCAACCAAUGCUGAUUCCUGAUUUUAGGGACAAAAUACAGUUGACAGCCUCUUGUAGUAAGAUCAAUUAGUGUUAUGCCGUUGUGUGUUAUGCCGUUGUGUGUUAUUUGUAGGACAUUAUUUAUUGGAAAUAGCGAAGAUUUGGGAGAUAUUUACCAAUGACUAAAUCAUAUUCACUUUCUAGUAAAGCUAUAAAAUGGAGAAAAAUGAGCUAACUUGAUAGCAUAUCGAUAGUAGAUUGUAUUUAUUUGCACAUUUUAUACAUUGUGCUAUUUCACAGGAACCAAUAAUUUAUACACAUUAAUGCAACAUGAAAGUGAUGUAUUGUGUCGACCAGCCAUUGAAUGAAAGAAUAGUAUUUUACUUACGUUGUUUAUAAAGUGUAUGCAAAUGUAAUGAUUAGAUUAUUAAUUUUGACAUUCUAA